AUGGCUCUCGUAGACUACGACAGCGACUCCGAGUCGUCUUCGUCGCCGUCGUCUGUAGCCUCGGACCACAGCCGGAAAGAGAAAGCAGGGCGCGACCCCGGCCCGGCGUCAAAGCGGCAAAAGAAGCUGUCCGACGCCCCGUCUUCGUCUUCCAAGAAGGGCGACCUGCCGCCUCUCCCCUCGGCCUUUCACGAUCUCUACGCUUCAACGGUGCGUCUGAGUAAUACAGACGACCCGUCGCUGCACCAGGGCCGUCGGCGCCAGAUCCCGCAUAUUGUAGGCAACUGGCCGAGCCACCUGUACAUUGAGUGGCACCCGUCGGGGCCCGAGCACAAGGCGCUGAGCUCGCUGCUCGCGACGCUUUCUUCGCGGUUAGAGAGCAAUGGUGCUGGUGCGGAGGCCAUCAAGAUCCACGGCUUCCUAACAUCGGACCUGGGGGCGCCCUUACCGCUGCACAUCUCGCUCUCGCGGCCGCUUUCGCUGCCCACGGCCCGCAAGGACGAUUUCCUGGAGCGAGUCCGGGACGCCGUCUCGAGGUCCGGGGUCCGGGCGUUUGAGCUCGCACCCGAUGGGUUGGAGUGGCAUCGGACACACGAGAGCGCGCGGAGUUUUCUCGUCUUGCGGGUACGGUCUUGCUCUUCGACGGCCACGUCAUUGUCAACAUCAACACUGGGAGAAAACAAUGCUCGAGAGAAUGCCGACAAGACGCGGCAGAAGAACAUGGAGCUCGGCACGCUUCUUCGGCAUUGCAAUAUGCUGUGCAAGUCCUUUGACCAGCCGGAACUAUAUGCUUUCAAGCCGACCGAAGAUCAAGGUCCGGCCCGAGACGUGGGUGAUGCGUUCCACGUGUCUGUGGCAUGGUCAUUCUCAGAGCCGACCAAUGAGCUCAAGCGAGUGACGCAGGAUGUAUUUCAAACGAUCCAACACGGAAAAGCCAUGAAAGAGUUGAGAAUCAGGGUCGACGGGAUCAAGGCCAAGAUUGGGAAUACAAUCACACACUUACCACUGGCUGUCGCUGGGAACGGCGAUAGCAAAGGUCCUCGAAAAAGACGAGCGCUGUUUCAUGCUGAAUAA